AUGAUGGAGAAUAUUCCAUUACUGAAAUCAAUUGAAAAUAAGGAUCCAUCAUUAAAUUGGAAUAUUGAUGUUUCGGCAGAACUUGAGAAGUAUUUAUCAGCAAUAGAAUUACUAGAUGAAGAUAUGAAUUAUAGCCAAAGUUCAGAAGUUAAUGUUUAUAGACAUAAUAGUGAGAAUAUUAGUGGUAGUAAUGGAAGCUAUAUGCAAUUAUUUAAUUUUGUUGAAGCAGCUUUAAUUAUACAAAAUUCAACAAGUUUGUAUUCAAAAAAAAUAGAGCAUUUGCACUCAUUGGUGUUUGAUACCUUUCAUUUAUUAUCUACUGGAAAAUCACAAUUAACUGAUGUUAAAUCAGGAAGUGAUGAACAUGCAAAUUUAUCCAGUCAACUUAAUAAUAAGACAAAUAUUGCAGAAAAAAGUACAGCGUUUUUAAUGUCUAAUAUAGUUUCAGUACCAAUAAAUUUACUUCAGCCAGGAAAAAAUAUUAAUUUGUCAUAUGAACAGUUUGAAAAUAGUUGGAGUGACGAAACUAAAACAAAAUAUUCUUCUUACUCUUCUUAUAUAGGAGUUUCUAGUUUGGGAAGCAACAUAUCUUUGCCUCAAUACAGAAUAGAUACAGCAUCAAAUACCCUUUUUUUGGAUGAGGCUGAUUUGGGUUACUUUUCAUCGAGUUUUUCUGUUACAGAAGAUGAAUAUUUGGGCAAUUUGUUUGAAGAACAAACUAUGGAACACGAAAAUUUUCAAGAAGAUGGCAAAUUUUAUCAAAUUCAAGAGAGUGAUGAGGUUUAUAAUUUUGAAAUAGAAGGGAAGGAUGAAAAUGAACAUAUCGACGUAGAAAUUGACGGAAUGGAAAUUGAAAUUCAAGAUUAUAUUGAAGUUUCUGAGAAUCCUGAAAAUGAGGUAUUUAACAGUGUAAAUGAUAAGGGUAAACAAGCUACCAAUAACAUAGCUGGCGGACGUAGGGAAAAGAACAAGGAAGACUAUUGGGUGUUUAUGGACGAGCAUAUGAAGAUUGGCAAAGACAAGCCAUUGAAGCUUGGAAAAACCUAUAAGAUUCCAUCGAGGAACUAUACAAUAUCUUUGGAAGGUUUAUCUCAAAAAGAAGAUAUUUUGGAUUUUAUUGAUGUUUAUACUUUAAGUUCUUACUUUAUGGGUUUAACUGAAAUUGGGGGAGAAAAAUAUAAAGUUGGUACUCAAAAGUUGCCCUAUUUCUCAGAUUUGAAACCUCCAAAACUAAGUGUUGAAAAGUUAUUAAUACUAGAUAGCCCUGAUAACGACUUUCUGAGAUCAUUAGAGCCGGAAUUUAAUGAAAGCAUCUCUAGUUGGAAGAAAUACCAUUCCAAGAUAUUUUUUAGUAAUAUGGAAAAGAAAAGAAAGGAGUUAUUAAAUCAUGAUUCAGGAAAUAUAGAUAAUGACCAAGAGGUUUCAGAAUUUAAUGAACCAGUAAUAGGGGAAGCUUCCGAAUAUGACAUUGAUCAGACUCAAGAUGUUCUUUCGGAUUCAGAAUUAGCUUUGGAUUCAAUAGAGGAUCCGAUCCAAGAUGAUGAAAAUCUAAUGGAUGAUGGGCAGAACCAAGAGGAGCAGAUUCAUUUCGACUCAAACAUAAAAGAUAUUACAGAUUUUGAGCAGGACCUGUCAGAGUUACAUGAAAGAGUUAAUACAUGGACUGUUCAUGUAGAACCACUAUUAAUGGCUCAAAAUUCCAGACCUGAGUUUAAUAUUCACGAAGAAGGGAAGAAGAUUAUUGAAAUGAUGAAAAAGGUUAGUGCAAAGGACCAACAACCCAUUAAAUUUGAAGAAGUUACUAGCGGAUUCUCCAAGUGGCAAGUAUGCAGGUCAUUUUUGGCAACUUUAAUGCUUUCAAAUAAUAGGGAGAUUGAUAUUCUUCACGAAGAACAAAACAGUAGCGACAGAGACUUAGAUUUCUUUUCAAUAAGAUUACUGGAUGAAAAGGAAAAGAAUGAAAUGCUGAAUACAAAUCUUCCGAAUAUCGAGAAGGUUAGUAAAGCAAAACUGGAUUUUCCAAGAAAGAAAAAAACAAAAAAGGAUACAAUUAAUCUUGAAGAAGAUAACAGUGAACUGGAGAACAAAUUAGAUAAAUCCCAGAAAAUAUAUAGGAAAAGAGGAAACAAAGCUUAA